AUGAAUCUGAUUCUCUUUUGCUCGGUUUUUGUGUCUCAUGAUGGAAAGAGGACAAUGAACGCUGGGAAAUUGAAUGAGAAAGUUCUAAGACUGUUUAUUGCGUCUGGAAACGAAGAAGUUCUUUCUGCUAUCAAAGCUCUUAAAAUCAAAUUGGAUUUCACUCCCAUUAUUUCUCAAAUUGAAUGGGAAAUCUUAUAUCAAACGAAGAAGUUCAUACUCGAUGUCAUGAUAGAUUUAGAAUGUGUUGACGAUGAGCUGGUUUGGAAGCUGGAUUAUGGGCCGAGGAGGAAGGAAAGAGAGCUACAUAAUCUUAAAGUCCGAGAUGAUAUCAAUCUCUGGAAUUGUGGAUCCGGGUUCAUGGGUCUCGACAUUGGUACUGUGAUAAGACUAUUCGCUACACUGUCAGGAAGGAGAAUGCAGCGUAAAAAAGGUCAGUUCACAUCUACCAAGUCAAGCAAUGAGGAUUCUGCAUCCAAUGGAUCGGAUUGGGGGCCAAGCCAAAGCUGGGCCUUGGAUGGGACUGAGUCUCAGAAGCCAGAGGCUUUUGAGAAGUCAACUCCAAUGAUGCAACGUGGACCUGAAGGACCAAGAACACUUUGUAAUGCAUGUGGACUAAUGUGGGAAAACAAGGGGGUUCUUAGAGACUUAUCCAAAGCCCCUCCUCCUCCUCCAGCGGCAACACAUAAUCUGCCAAUAAAUAAGAUUGAUGAGUCAAUUCUUGAGGCUGAGCUAGCUGGUGAGAUUAGCAACUCACAGUGA